AUGUUCCGGUGCAGCUCUGAUAACAUCAACGUGUUUACGGAAGCAGUCGUGGGACUGAUUGGGAAACUGGUAGAUGAUACAGUCUGCAAAACCACCAUCAGGAUGUUUCCCAACCAGAAGCCGUGGGUGGAUAAAUCCAUCCGCGACACUCUGUCAUCCCGCACCGCCGCGUAUAAAGUGGGGCUCGCCACCGGGAACAUGGACAAUUACAAAAUCGCAUCUUACAACACACGCAGAGCGGUGAGGGAGGCAAAGCGGCGCUAUGGGAAGAAAUUAGAGUCACAGUUACAACAGGGUGGCUCUAGAAGCCUGUGGCAGGGACUGAGAACGAUAACGGACUAUAAAACACCAUCCCGCAAAAUCUCGAACGUCGAUGCUUCUCUCGCAGACGAGUUGAACACUUUUUACGCUCGCUUCGAGGCUGCAGUUUACUGCACUAACGGUGCUGACAGCGGCAAUAGUGAUAACGGCUGCUUGUAUGUGGAAAGCAUUAACGCUGGAAACGCGUUCACCAUCACAGAGUGCGACGUGAGAAAGGCUUUCCGGAGAGUGAACAUCAGGAAGGCAGCAGGACCAGAUGGAAUAUCAGGUCGGGUCCUCAGAGCCUGCGCUGACCAGCUAGCACCGGUGUUCACAGAGAUAUUCAAACUUUCCCUGGAACAGUCAGUAAUUCCAACCUGCUUUAAACAGUCCGUCAUUGUUCCUGUCCCGAAGAAACCCCAACCUUCCUGCCUUAAUGACUAUCGUCCUGUAGCACUGACCUCAAUUGUGAUGAAGUGCUUUGAAAGACUGGUCUGAGACUUCAUCACCUCCUCACUACCUGACACCCUGGAUCCCUUACAGUUCGUUUACCAUCCAAAUCGCUCAACAGAUGAUGCCAUCACACAUCUCCUCCACACAGUCCUAGAUCAUCUGGACAAGAGGAAGAGAAAUUAUGUUAAAAUGCUGUUUGUUGAUUACAGUUCAGCUUUUAAUACAAUAAUUCCCUCUAAACUCACCACCAAGUUGGAGGACCUAGGAUUUAGCCCAUCUCUGCGUCAGUGGAUCUCCAACUUCCUGACUGACAGGCCACAAACAGUAAGGGUGGGCAGACAUGACUCUUCUCUUUGUUGUGGUCAGGGAAACGCUUCCGCUCCCUGAUGGCCAAAACAGAGAGAAUGAGAAAGAGCUUCUUUCCACAGGCCAUCCGUGUCCUGAACCAAGGACAACACCAGGACUAGGUUCACUAUUCAACACCACACACUUGAACUCUACAUUAUCAUAUUAUUAUAUAUCAUUAUUAUACAUCUACAACAUCAACUCUAUAACAUUAGCCUGUUGCAGCAUUUUACAUUGCACAUGUACAUAUUGCCAGUCAACUGUUGCGGCUACCACCUCUACAUCUGUCAUUAUGCACUAUUUCAUAUUCAUAUGCAUACUUUGUACAUACAGUAUAUUUCUUCUUUCUCCUAUUUUAUUGUGUAUUUUAUUGUGUUUUUCAGUUGUGUUUUUUUACUUCUAUUUCUACUCCUUAUUUAUAUAUAUAUAUAUAUAUAUAUAUAUAUAAUUUUAUCGUAAACUGUAAAACUGUGGGGAGAAAAGUCGUACCAAGAAUUUCACUACAUGUUGUACUGUGUAUGGUUAUGUAUGUGACCUAUAAAACUUGAAACAGAAUUAAUUAUUUUCACACUAAAAUUUCAUGAGACACAACUGGCUGUCAAAAACAUAUGAGCUACACAUAUGAGCUACACAUAACACAUAAGAUACGCAUAAGUUACAUAUAGGUUACACAUGCAUUUUCUCAGACAUUUAUUGAGUCUAAAUAGAUGCACAACUUACAUCAUACACCCAAAUGGCAAUAGUCAUAUCAUACUUUUCAUGUGUUGUAUGUAGCGUGUGGCAUGUGUGAUGGCACCUGGGGCGGUAUGAACUAUUACUAUUCCAUGACCUCCCGCUAGGGCUGUCUAAUUCUUUUACUUUUCAGCACACCUCAAAUGGAAACACCAGCUGGUGCACCGAGCCAGCAAGACUUGGGCCAAUCAGAAGAUAACCAGGGUUUUAUCCGGAUGAACAGUGAAAUAAAUGACUUCAUCACUCAGCUUUAUCUCGAUUGGACAUCAAGUUUAACUCUCAGGUAAGUAUUUUUUCUCUUUUUCUAGAGCUUUAGUUUAAGAUUAAACUAAUCUUUUCUAUUUUUCAGACUUUUGCUGCUAUAAAUUCCUAACAGUGCAGUUGAUCGGCAUCUCGUUGCUCUUCGCUUCAUCGUCUGUUCAGUGGCUACA